CUCCCCUCACCUGCGCCGCCGCCAAGCGCCUUUUUCCGAGCGCUUAAAACUCUCCGGGCUGAGUUAAAACUCUAGAGGGGAAAGGCGGUGCGAGCAGCGCCGAAGUAGCGAGCCGGGGCGAGAUACGGCACUGCAGCCGGGCCGGCAGCGGGGCGAGGGGAACCCCGUGAGGGGCUGCUGCCCCAUCAACGGCCUCUUGCGGGUUAUUCGUUAGGCAGGAGUGUCUCGCUCCCCCCCGCCCCGUUACAACCGUAGCUCCGGAGUCUGCACAGCCUCCCUCUACCCGCCCCAACACUAGGCAGGUGCUGCUCAAGGCAGUUUGUACCGGCUCGGCCGGGCCGCCCCGGUCCUCCCCGCCUCCGGCUGGUUCUGCCUGGCGGCUGCUCGGGACCACGAAGGGGUGCGAAGCGAGCCGGGCCGGGUCGGGCCGGGCCCUGGCGGGAAGAGGAACGCUCGGGGCGGCGAGAGAUGCCGGCGGGCCCCUUUGGCGGAGACACCGCGCGGCGGAAGGCGGAAAGUGCGGAGGGAGCGAGAGAGGGAGGGGAGGAAGAAAGGAAGGAAAGAAGGAGGGGGAGGCAGCGGCGGCCAUGGAUGACCAGGGCUGUCCGCGGUGCAAGACCACCAAGUACCGCAACCCUUCCUUGAAGCUGAUGGUCAACGUCUGCGGGCACACGCUAUGCGAGAGCUGUGUGGAACUGCUGUUUGUGAGAGGGGCUGGGAAUUGCCAUGAGUGUGACACCCCUCUCCGGAAGAGUAACUUCAGGGUCCAGCUCUUUGAGGAUCCCGCUGUCGACAAGGAAGUGGAAAUUCGUAAAAAAGUGCUUAAAAUAUACAAUAAAAGAGAGGAUGACUUUGCCAGUCUAAGGGAAUAUAAUGAUUUCCUGGAAGAAAUAGAAGAAAUUGUAUUUAACUUGACCAAUAAUGUGGAUUUGGAGAACACCAAAAGGAAAAUGGAGCUGUACCAGAAGGACAACAAAGAAGUCAUUCAGAAAAAUAAGAUAAAACUGACACGGGAGCAGGAAGAGCUGGAGGAAGCUUUAGAGGUAGAGCGACAGGAGAAUGAACAAAGGCGACUUUUCAUACAGAAAGAAGAACAACUCCAACAGAUGAUAAAAAGGAAGAAUAAGCAGGCACUCUUGGAUGAUUUGGAGAGCUCCAAUCUUCCUGCUUCUCUUCUUUUAGCUCAGCAUAAGGACAGAUCUGCUACUCAGCUAGAAAUGCAACUGGAAAAACCCAAACCUGUCAAACCAGUCACAUUUUCCACUGGCAUCAAAAUGGGUCAGCAUGUUUCAUUAGCUCCUAUUCAAAAGCUAGAGGAAACUUUGUAUGAGUAUCAGCCUCUGCAAGUGGAGACGUAUGGACCACCAGUUCCAGAGCUUGAAAUGUUGGAAAGGCUGGGGUAUCUCAACCACGUCCGAGCCGCCUCUCCGCAGGACAUUGCUGGGGGUUACACUUCUUCUCUUGCUUGUCACCGAGCCUUACAGGAUGCUUUCAGUGGUCUUUUCUGGCACCCCAGUUAGCCAGCAUGCAUCAGCCUGCAACCAAGGGACGCCAAGCAGAGCGAGAACCAAACGAAGCCAGCAAAGGUUGGGUAAAAUUGCUGCCAUCUGCACAACAGCUAAGCUGCAGUCACUUUACUGUGUAAAACCAGCUGUGUUAGAGUGUUAAAAGGGGGAAAAACCCCUCGUCUGCACGAGAGCUUUGCAAAAUGGUAGAUACAUUUUUGUGGAGAGGGAAACUCGUUAGUCAUGUGGUCCUUUGCUGAGGGAGGCUGAGGCAAUAAGCCACAUCUAAUGGAAGAUGUGAAUAACUGGGCUGCGUAUGUUUGAGGUUUAAACAAAUACACUUGUAAUUUUUUUUUAAAAUAAAGCCAGACUUUUUUAUUAAAGUUUGUGGUUUUGCCCUUAUUGCAGGGUUUUAUUUGCACAAGCAUUUAAAUGCUAUUUUGAUUAUAACAUUUAGUGUCAAUAUUCAAGCCUACGCUUUCUUCCCAUAAAGCUCGUUUCCCCAGUUCAGGCAAAUGGGUUUCUCCUCCUGCCAGCUGGAUGAGAAGAGAAACUCUGCAACUAUGCUGACACAACUCUUAUGCAGGAUCCUUCCUGAUGUCACUUACUUCUUUGUCUGGAAAACAAACCUUUAGCUGAGUCCUUGAGCCAAAUUCUUCUCGAAGCAAUCUAAGAAACCCUGAUAGGAGGUUGGGCAUCAAAGCAGUCAAAAUCAGUUUUGCUUUUUUUUCCUGUUUAGCUCCAUUUGCAACUUUUCUGUCACAUCUUCAGAAGCUUCUUUGGGCAGGAACAUCCCCUUGUCUGGCUUUUGGAGUGACCCUUGCCACUUGAUCUGGUCCUUUUAGCAUUCUCUCCCCUCUCCUUGUAGCAGAACGUGGGCUUCUUAUAGCAGAGAUGGGCUUCCUGGGGCAGGACUGGGCUUUGCUGUGAGUGUGAUAAACUGCAGGAGCCUGGAAGCUGCUUGGGACAGGGAAUGCCUUGAGAGUAAAGCCCAGACCAUGUUUUACAGGUGAUGUGUUAACAGUGGGUGAAUGCUGUUCUGAGGAGUGCACUAAAUGAACAUAUUUUUUCUAUAUUGUAAUAAAGAAUAAGCUCUA